AUGGCCAUUAAUAACAAGACAUUGAAGGAGUUAGCUGCUCCUGAUUUGAACCAACAGUCUUUAUGUAUUGAGUACCCUAAUUUAGAUGCUGCUUUUGAGUUAAAAUCAGGACUCAUACAUUUGUUGCCUACUUUUCGUGGUCUUGCAGGUGAGGAUCCUCAUAAGCAUUUGAAAGAAUUCCAUGUGAUGUGUUCAAGCCUGAAACCACAAGGAGUGACUGAAGAACAAAUUAAAUUGCAUGCUUUUCCAUUCUCACUGGCUGAUGCAACAAAGGAUUGGUUGUUUUACUUACCUCCAGGUUCUGUAACUACAUGGACAGGGAUCGUCAGAUUGUUUCUUGAUAAAUUUUUCCCUACUUCACGAGCUGCUAGCAUCAGAAGGGAGAUAUGUGGAAUAAGGCAUAAAGAUACAGAAACCCUUCACGAGUAUUGGGAAAGAUGUAAAAAAUUGUGUGCCAGUUGUCCUCAACAUGGAAUUUCUGAACAGCUUCUCAUUCAGUAUUUCUAUGAAGGGCUACUACCUAUGGAGAGGAAAAUGAUGGAUGCAGCUAGUGGAGGUGCUAUAGUGAAUAAAACCCCUAGUGCCGCUAAAGAUUUGAUUUCCAUUAUGGCUGCUAGCUCACAACAGUUUGGAUUCAGACAAGACACCCCUUUGAGAAUGGUGAAUAAGGUAAGUAUAUCUUCCCUUGAAAAUCAAAUAUCCAAUCUAACUUCUCUUGCUCAACAAUUGGCUGUAGGAAAUUUGCAACAAGUUAAAGCUUGUGGAAUUUGUGCUACUACUGGUCAUCCAACGAAUAUAUGUCCUACACUUCAAGAUGAUUCUCUAGAGCAUGCCAAUGCAGUUGGAGAAUUCCCAAGCCCACCACAAAAGAAGUAUGAUCCUUAUUCAAAUACCUACAAUCCAGGGUGGAGGGAUCAUCCCAACUUCAGUUAUGGAGCAAGACCACAAUUCCAACAUUACCAGCCUAGACCACAUAUUCCACCACAACAGCCUUCUUCAAGUUCAGGAAACAAGAACAAGUAUCAAGCAAUUGGAGAAUCCAGUAAGUCAAUUGGCAUCUUCAAUGAGCAGGUUGGAGUCUCAAGUGGAAAAGAAAUUGACAUCCCUGUUCAGAAUCCUAUAGAAUUGGCUAGGAAGACUCAAAAAGAUGAGGCAGAAAAUGAGGUGAUAAUCUCUUCUAAGGUAAUCUCUCAAACAAUUGUGCAUAAUUCUGAUAUACCUAAUCCUCUUCCUUUUCCUAGCAGGUUAUCUAAAUCUAAAAAGGAAGAUCAAGAAAAGAAUAUCUUGGAGAUUUUUCGAAAGGUAGAAGUGAACAUUCCUUUAUUGGAUGCCAUUAAGCAAGUCCCAAGGUACGCAAAAUUUCUCAAGGAAUUGUGCACCAACAAGAGGAAGUUGAAAGAUAAUGAGAAGGUAAGUAUGGGAGAUAAUGUUUCAACCAUCCUUCAAAAGAAAUUACCUCCCAAAUGCGAGGACCCAAGUAUGUUCACUAUCCUUUACAAAGUAGGUAAUGUCAAGAUUGAGAAAGCAAUGUUAGAUCUAGGAGCUUCAAUAAAUGUCAUGCCUCUUUCUAUUUAUUCAUCUUUGAAUAUUGGUCCACUGAAAGAAAUAGGUGUGACUAUUCAACUUGCUGAUAGAUCUAAUGUGUAUCCUGAGGGAGUUCUUGAGGAUGUUUUAGUGCAAGUUAAUGAAUUGGUUUUUCCUGUUGAUUUUUAUGUGCUUAACAUGGAAGAAGAUGACUCAUCUAAUCUAGCACCAAUCUUAUUAGGGAGUCCAUUUCUAAAAAUAGCAAGGACAAAGAUUGAUGUUCAUGAUGGUACCCUUACCAUGGAGUUCGAUAGGGAGAUUACUUUUGAGUUCAGACAUGAGGGCAAGACGAAGGUAAGGACAAAGGAUAAGAAAAAGGAAUUUCAAGAUAGAAUGGUUGCUAGAAAGCAAUUUGUGUUUGGACAAAAAGUUUUACUUUACAAUUCAAGACUCAAAUUAAUGCCAGUUGAGGUAUUAAGCCUAGGAACUAAUAAGGUGUUCAAGGUCAAUGGGCAUAGGCUUAAGCCAUUUCAAGAAGGUUUUCAGGAGCAAACUGCGGAUGAAGUGCAAUUGAGAGAUCCAACUUAUACAGAUUGA